GCUCAGGACAGCCGCACAGACAAGGGCAUGGCACAGCCUGCCUCUGGAGAUGCUCCUCGCCCCGCUCUCGAGGUCUCACUUCGCCCACGUGUAUCUCACAGCCACACAGAGGUACGCGUCGAAGAGCUCAGUUUUGUCUCCAUUUGUUACUUCUUAAGGUCCCACAGGGGCCCAUUUCUCGCUAAUAGGGAUGCUCCCGGGCCACGCCGCCACCCAGCCCGAGUGCGGCGGAGCAGCCCCAAAGCAGCGGGACCGGUGCACGUUUCUGCGGCCGCGUGACCCCGCCCCGAGGCGGGGAAUAGAAGGGCGGAAGAGGGGAACUUCUGGGAACGCGGAACGUUCGCGUUUCCCGUCCCCGUUUCCCGGCGGAGCGGUGCGCGGCGGCUGUCGCUAUGGCAGCGGGGCCGUGGGGCUGGGGGCUGGCGGUGCUGCUGUUAUUGUUGGCGGUACUGCUGUUAUUGUUGGCGGUACUGCGCUGCGUCGCGCGCCGCCUGCGGAGUCGUUCCGCCGCGAACAGCGCGGCGGUGUCGCGGGAUGAUGACGUCAGCGCUCUGCUGGUGACGGCGCACCCCGAUGACGAAGUGAUGUUCUUCGCCCCCACGCUGCUCUGCCUGGGCAGGGCCGGCGCCCGCCUCGCGGUGCUAUGCUGCUCCGCAGGAAACUAUUACAAUCAAGGAGAGAUUCGUAAGAAAGAACUGGAACAAAGUUGUUGUCUGCUGGGGGUUCCUGCGUCCAAUGUAACAGUCAUUGAUCACAGGGAUCUUCCAGACAGUCCUUCUGUUGAAUGGGACGCACGGCUCCUUGCCUCCUUCGUGCUGAAGCAUAUAGAAGCCAACAACAUCAACCUGGUGGUAACUUUUGAUGCGGGAGGAGUGAGUGGUCAUGCUAACCACAUUGCUCUCUACACUGCUUUAAGGUACCUGCUUUCAGAGAGGAGGUUACCUGAAGGGUGCCGUGUGCUUGUCCUUGAGUCAGUAAAUCUCCUGCGGAAGUACAUCUCCAUCCUGGAUGUGCCCCUUUCCUGCCUCCUGCCCAGAGAUGUGCUCUUCAUACUCACAGAAGAAGAGAGUCAGCAAGCCAGGAGAGCCAUGCAGUGUCAUCACAGCCAGCUCCUCUGGUUUCGCCGCAUCUAUAUGCUUUUCUCACGUUAUGUAGUGAUCAAUUCACUCCACCUUCUAGAAAAGACAACGCUUACAACUCAGGGAGUAAAAGAAUGAGCAAAAAAAAAAA